AAUGGAAUUAGUGUUUUAAUUUACAAUUUGCACCAACUCUACCUGGGUUUAAAUAAUAACAUAGAUUAAUCCUUACCUUUCAUAGAUUAUUGUAGUAUAGAUAAACUAAAGGCGGAAAAUUUAGGGAUUUAGAAGUGGUCUCGAUUUGGGGAUAAAAUGGCGAAAGCGAUCUCGCCAUGCAUCUUCUGUCAAAUUGCUCGAAGUUCCAACUCCACUCCCCUCCUUCAUUCUGUUCGUUCCUUGGAUGAUAAGGUCGUUGCAUUUAAAGAUAUCAACCCUUCUGCCUUCAGGCAUUACUUGAUAAUCCCUGUGGAGCACAUUCCGACAGUCAAUGAUCUUCAAAGAAGAAAUGAGGAUUACACUUUGGUAAGCCAUAUGAUAAAUGUGGGGGAAACGCUGUUACGCCGAGAUGCACCUCAGUCAAAUCAAUACAGAUUUGGUUUUCAUCAGCCUCCAUUUAAUAGUGUUGACCAUCUCCACCUCCAUUGUUUCGCUCUUCCCUUCAUACCUAGAUGGAAACAAUUAAAAUAUAUGUCUUUGGGACCACUUGGUGGGUUUAUUGAGGCUGAGAAGUUGUUGGAGAAGAUAAAACCUUUGUCACCAAUCCCUCCAUAGGCAUCUUGAGCAACAAGAUUGAAGACAGCUUGCAGAGCCUUUAAAGUGCUCUAUGUCAUGGCUUAAUACUGUCUUUACCAUAUGCUGGAAUCCUACUGACCUGGUUGGUGAAAUGAUGGCAAAAGUGGCCUAUUUUUUAACAUUCAAGGAAAUAAAUUCAAGUGAGGAAGUAAGCCUAGUUCGAUGAAUGGAACGAACCCAGCACAAUAUUCACACAACUCCCAUUGUUUAUAGUUUCUUAUGGAGUUUGAGGAUUGAGGAAGGCACCAACAACUUGCAAAGCAAAGGAUUUGGGUGUAUGCUUGUGCUGUUUUGAAAGAUUUGAUUUUAGUUGUGCAGAUGAAUCCAACUGAACUCUGGUUCCUUUUGCUGUAAGCCUGAAACUGUACCAAAAAUAAACUAAUAAGAAAUCCCAUGUCUGCCUUUAAAAGAAUACAAUAGUGUAUGUGUUUUUUCUAGAGUCUAUAUUUCAUUCCAUACAGAGGAUGAUGCUUUGCUUAA